AUGACCACUAUUAAUUGGACGGUUUCUUACUCCAUUAGCAAUGUGAGGUUUAUACAUGCAGGCAUGAGAAGAAGGUUCAUGAAGUGGCCUUCUUCCCUGCCAUGUUCUUACUUUCUUUGGGAGCUGGAGGACCAAGCCUUGUUUACAAAGAUUGGAGCCGAUCAAUUCGACGAUGAUCACUUGGAAGAAAGGAAACAGAAAAUAUCAUUUUUCGACUUGUGGAAUUUUUCACUCUGUCGUGGGGCGUUGCUUGGUGUGACAUUCAUAGUUUAUGUGCAAGAUUAUGUGAAUUGUGAUGUUGCAUAUCUUACACUUAGUAUCAAAAUGGGAAUUGCCACAACAAUUUUCUAUAUUGGAAAGCCAUUUUACUGA